AUGGACGCUUCUGUGGGAACAAAACUCAAACAGGAGUUUUUAUCUAAUUACAAGAGUUUUGAAAACCCGUCUGAGUCGACUGACGAUUGUCCAACAAACGGCUUCACCUGUGACCUGAACAAAAACAACGAGGUCGUUCAGUUGAACGGGCUGACUUCUGAUAGCUCAGGUUUGUUGGACCAGAGCUCAUCCAAAGUCAAAGAACCAGAUGAGGGCCGCUGCAGCCAGGACCAGCCAGUCCACAUAUACGCUAUUUGCACAAUCCUUGCCAUUGGAGUGACCGUUGCUUUGGUCUUGGAGAUUCACCUGGAUGCAACUCAGGUCUCCAUCAAAGGAGUGACGUCGGAUGACGAGCUCUGCACAGAACUCAGCGUGAGGGUCCUUCGCGAUGGAGGAUCCAGUGUGGAUGCAGCCAUCGCUGGCAGCCUUUGCUUGGGUGUUGUGCAUCCACACGUGUCGGGCGUCGGUGGAGGAGGAGUGAUGCUGAUUCAUAAAAUCCGUCAGAAUGAAACUAGGGCGAUCAACUUUCAGGGGUCGGCACCAAAAGGUCUGAGGGAAGAAAUGCUGCAAAAUGUUUCUGAAAUUAAGGCAGGUCUACUUGUGGGAGUGCCAGGUAUGCUCAUGGGGUUGCACCAUGCUCACGACCUGUAUGGAGGUUUGCCGUGGGGGGAUGUCGUCAGCAGAGUUGCAACUGUAGCCAGAGAAGGAUUCAAUGUUUCUCAGAGCCUCGCUGCUGCAAUAUCGCAGGCAGGAGAGCAGCCCGCGGGACGUUUCAGGGAUCUUUUCCUCCCAAACGGCCAGGCUCUGAGUCCUGGCUCGUAUCUGAGGAUGCCCGGUGUGGCUGACAUCAUGGAGGCUGGUCUUUUCAGUUUCUACCAUGGGAAUAUAUCACAGGAGCUGGAAGAUGAGGUGCGAGCAAAUGGAGGCGUCCUGAGCAGAGGGGACCUCCAGAACUACAGUGCAGAGGUGCAACAACCACUUGAAGGCCUGUACAACCAGUUCAUAAUUAAGGUUCCUCCUCCACCAUCUGCUGGGGCAGCUCUGAUAGCAGCUCUCAACCUGUUGGAGGGCUUUCAUCUGGGGGAGAAUAAUGUUACAGAAAAUCAAACAUACCACUGGAUCAGUGAGGCUUUGACAGCAGCUUUGAGCAUGGCUCAUAGACUGGGUGACCCUGAAACCAGCUCCUCUGUGUCUGAGCUUCUUUCUGCCAUGAUGAGCAAGAAUGACACUGAAGAGCUGCACCAGAAGAUGGACUUUCAGCCAUCUGCGUCCAACUCGACGGAGCUGCUGUCCAGUCAAGUCGUGGUCAUGGGACCAGAUGACCUUGUUGUCUCUGUUGCUAGCUCCUUGAGCAGGCCGUUUGGGAGCAGGAUCAUGACUCGGUCAGGCGUCAUCCUCAACAGCCUCAUUCUGGACUUCUUCUGGCCAAAUCAGAGCAGUGGGCAGCCUCUGACCGACCAGAAUAACCGAGUCGAGCCUGGGAAAAGGCCACUGUCGUUUCUGAUGCCCGCUGCGAUCGUGCCGGCCUUGAACAGGUGUGGCACCUACAUGGCACUGAGCAGCUCAGGUGGAGAAAACCGUCUGAGUGAAAUCAUCCAGAUGCUAGAUGGUGUGCUGUUCCACCAUGAGAAGAGGAAUGACAGCCUUUCUUGGGAAGGACAUUAA